ACAUGUCUACUCAGAAGUAAGCUCUGUUGGGUUCAGUGAGACUUACUCCCAGGUAAGUGUAUUGGAUCGCAACCUGAAGUAAGGCGGCUGGCUGAGAACUGACUUGGGGUUGUUGGGGACGUGCUCCAUUUGCCCUAAGAGACCAGCCUCCGGUGCCUGCAAUGAAGCCGCUCUGCCGCUAGGGGGGUCUCCUUACCCUUUAUUUCGGGGCAAAGGGGAUUUUACCGCGCAACUAUGCCAGCCUUCCGCCAGGGCUCUCCGCGAGCCUCAUGUUUGCUGCUGCUGCUCCGUAGUUCCUAUGCGAGCACAAUGAAAUCCUGUGUAUCUGUAGGUAGCCCCCGCGCCGUCCAGUCGUAACAGGCUUAAAACACGAGUCAAGCGAAAAGGGGAUCACUACGAGGUUCUGCUCAGUUCUUAAACCGGCAGAGGUGGUGGUUGGGGGGGGCAACGGCCGGCCCCCACAAUCAAACUGCGUUGGGAGAUAACUGGCCUGCAAAAAGCAAAACUCCCUACCCUAGGACGGAUGGAAUACACAAAUUCACCAAGGAGCCUCGCAGGAUUGGACGGGUCUUGGCGGCAGAAAUCUGGAAGCUUGUAAGUUUCAGGAUCGUUUGUGAAUUGCUGAUCAGCAGAGCGAUUUCUGUUUGACUUUGAAACCGUCGCGUUCUUCGGCGUUUGGAUAAACUUCAGGAAGUCGAAAACGGAGCACAAGGAUGUCGAGAGGGUUGUUUUGCCUCCAGAUCGAAGCUUGCCUCUUAAUGUAGCGCGAGAAGGAAGAACAUUUAAAGAUUCUCCCUCCUCCUCCCAAAAAAAAAAAUUCCUACCCACCCGGGUCUCUCAACCAUGGGCUGGAUUCAUUGGGGAGCCGCGUCUGAACGCCAGCUUAAUGACACCGGGGACCAGCCAGGCGGUUCGUCUGAUUGAUUUGAUUGUUAUUUUAUGCUAUUUAACCAGGAGUAGGUGCGAAACCGGGUGAAGAGGAGGAGAUAGGCGAAAGAGAAAACGACAAUAUUUUAAACUUUUUCCCCAUCCCACCUACCCACCCCCCUUGAUCUGCUUGCACACUUGACUGCAGACUUGCGAACAACUUGGUGUAUAUACAAAAAAGCCUUACGAACCUCGUGUCAUCCCUCUCGAGGCCCCUUUUCCCACGCACACGCUUUUCCUCCGUUAAACAGGUCCCUUUCCUUCCCUGCACACCAGACCCGUUGCCGGGGAGGGAGAGGCUGGAGGGAAGCUCCCCCUAAAAUCCCCCCUAUUUUUUUCAAUAAAUAAAUACAUAAAUGUAUUACAGAAAUUUUGGGUUCCCUCCCCCCCUCGAACUUCUAGGCUGCUGCCCACUGAAUUUGCACUGAGAGGAGGGGAACCCUUUAAUUCUUUUGCCAAUUGACUUCCUUUUCAAAAAGCGUUUCUCCAAACUUUUGUGAAACCUGGUUUUUGUUUUAAAAAGAUAAUAGUAAUAGCAACUGUAAAAAAAAUCUCCCUAAAAUGUAUCGUAUUAACCGCUUUAAGCAACAAGCAUCAUAAUUUAAAACAGCCAUUAAUUAGACCUCAUGUGGGAGGCGGAUUUUUUUUUAAUGCCCCCAUCCGUUGCUCCACCGCGAUUUCAAUGGCUGCUGCUAGCAAAUCUGUAACCGGCCCGGGUCAGUUUCUCUUCCUCCGGCUAAAAUCUGUUGCAUUCGUUUUGCUAACGAACCUUCAAAGGAUGGCGGUCGCUUUCUCCAGCCCUCUGUACUAAAUCUGUCAAACUCUCCCCUGGUUGUCGGGAGGGAGCCUAAUAAUUCAUAAGGAGGAGGAGGAGGGGGCUGAUUUCUGGUAGCCCUGCAAAGAACGAAAAACACACAGAGAGAGAAAGAACCAGAUUCAGAGCAAUUCAUGUGGCUGUGAGAGAGACUCGGUCGCCGCUUUGCGAGAGAGGAGGAGGCGGAACACCCACAGCAGCUUAGGCUGGCGAUAUGGGGGACACGGCUCCCCCUCAAGCGCCGGGUCUGCUGGGAGGCGGCGGCGGCUCGGUGGCAGCGGCUACGCCGCGGGUGCACAGCGCGAUCGUGGAGAGGCUGCGAGCGCGCAUCGCGAUCUGCCGCCAGCACCAUCUGAGCUGCGAGGGGCGCUACGAGCGGGGCAGGGCAGAGAGCUCGGAUCGGGAGCGGGAGAGCACCUUGCAGCUGCUCAAUCUCGUGCAGCACGGCCAGGCGGUGAGGAAGGGAGGCAAGCACAGCAAAGCGGCGGCAGCAGCGGCCGCCGCUGGUAGCAACAGCAGCGCUUCGGCUCCUUCUGCCAACGCCGCAGCGCCCCCUUCGGCGGACUACUAUCACCACCAGGUGAACAGCAACGGAACUGCUGGUGGUAGCAAUGGGAUCAAUGGAGAGCAGCCCAUCUCCGGGGCUGGAGGGGAACAGAGGAACCCUGCCCUCAUUGCGCUUCAAGGUUCCUUGAAGAAGAAACUGGUGGUGAAUCUGUCGCCAGCCAUCAAGAGAUCCAAUGGCAUGGCUGACUGCUCCUUCCUUGAUAUUAAGAGGAUCCGAGUAGAUGAUAAUAACCUUUCUGUGGGACAAGGUGGACACUGUAGUAAUAAUUGUCAAAACCAGUCAGUGUUGGGAACCUUGACAGUAGAUCAAAAUUCUCAAAGGAAAGUCAGUAGCCCAACAAGCAGCACCCACUUGAAUGCAAAUGGGAUGUUCAACAUGGCGCUAAAGGAGGUGAAGAAAGAGCCAGGGGAAACCUACUCUUGUAGUAAACACUUGGAUGGGCAGGCAUCCCAGGGCAAUCCUUUUCCCAAUCGAUAUGGAGAAGACACAGGGGAACAGUUGAUGGACCCGGAACUUCAGGAACUAUUCAAUGAACUGACUAAUAUUUCGGUGCCACCCAUGAGCGAUCUUGAGCUAGAAAACAUGAUCAAUGCCACCAUCAAGCAGGAUGAGCCAUUUAACAUUGACCUUGGGCAGCAUGUCCAGAGAGCACCCCUAGCCAGGUCUUCUUCCCUGCAGAUGGAUAAGAUGGUGAUCAAGCAAGAGUAUUCACCAGCUCUGAGCCAAGCUCCCAUGGGGUCGCCCCAAAUGAGGCCUUCCUCUACAGGCCCAGCUUUCACUGCGUCCAGUGCUGCCAUGUCCACCUCGACACCGAUUUCUUCGGCACCUCAGACUCAAACCCCUCCAUCCCAAGGGUCUUUAGUUCCUAAUCGGCCAUUGGCCAGCUGGCAAGAGGUCUCUCAUGCCCAGCAAUUGAAACAAAUCGCAGCCAACCGACAGCAACAUGCCUUGAUUCAGCAAUGUCAGCAAAACCAGCCAUCAUCUACCUGGCCCACUUUGUCGUCUGUGGAACCUUCUUCUGGAUCAUUUGUUCAGGAGAAAAUCUCCAGCCCUCCUUUCCAUCAGCAGCAAUUCAGCCCACAAAGCUCUGGUAUGUCUGGAGUGCCUGGAAAUGGACAUCAGCCAAAAGGGAUUAAUAACUACCUUUACCGGCCAAACUCCAUGUCCCAAGGAGGUUCCAUGAAUAUGAUAAUGCAACGAAAGCCUCAGGACCUCAACAGAGGUUAUAUAAGCAACAGCCAGAUGCCUCCGGAGGAGUCUCAGAACAACAUCAAGCCUUUGUUUCAUUUUAACUCAGAGCAAGCCAACCAGCAGAUGCCUUCCGUUCUGGGUUCCCAAAACAAGCCUUCCAUUCUGCAGUAUACGCAGCCGCAGGCCCAGCAGCAACCUAACUCUGUCGCUGUGCAACAGCAGACACAGCAGCAACAGACACAGACGCAGCAGCAACAACCCACGCAGCCUCUCCAAAGCCAGCCUAUUCAAAGGCCACCAAACAUCCCCUUAGCUUUACAGCAAAAGAUCCUGCUCCAGAAAAUGCUGCAAAACCAGCCAGUUUCAGGGCUUCGGUAUCCUGUUCCACUGCACCAUCAACUGGAUCAACACUCCGUCCUAAGCCAAAGCGCAGGACCCAGUCCAACGUCAAGCGCUUGCACGAAUCCGAAUGCUGGAAGCAGUUGCAUGAACUCACCCCAGCAAGCACUGCUCAAUCAGCAACUGAAACAACAACUUCUUCUACAGCAACAGCAACAGCAAAAAAUACUAACGGAAGCAGAGAAAAUGACCCCUCAAGAUCAGUUGAAUCGACACCUGACGAGGCCCCCACCAGACUAUAAAGACCAAAGAAGGAACCAGGUCAGCUUGCAGCAAACACAUCAGUAUUCAGGUGGAACACCUGCCGUGAGCAUUGGCUCCAACCUGUGCUUUUCCAACUCGAUUUCAACUCCUAGCAUCUCACUGCAGGCUUCCAAUCUUUUGAGCACCGCUCCUGGAGCCAGGCUGCCUCCCCCCCUGACAGCACGCCACAUGGGCUGUUACGCGAACAUUCCUUGCAGUCAAGCGAGUGCGUACAGUGUGAUGACUUCAGGUGCGAGCCAAGUUUCACAGCACAGGAACCCAGGCCAAAUGAUAGCCGGUCAACAAAACAAUCCUGCGAUGUCUCGGCAAGCACCAGCAGGGCAAGUGAAUAACCUGUCUGCAUUUGACAGCGGGCCCGGGAUCAACUCGCAGGCAGGGAAACUCAACUUGAAUCAAGGGACUUUGGCACAAAGACCUUCAAAUGUUAUGGUCGCCUCAAAUUCUGCAGCACCGAGCUGGGUCUCUCAAGAGGCAGGAGCAAAGCAACAGGAAACACGCAAGGCUGUCGGGUCCCCGUUUCCCACGGGCAGCCCCUAUACCAACCAGCCGCUACAGCGCACAUCUGCCCAGCAGCAAUUUCCCCAGCGUGCCAUGGUGCCUCCUAAUCAGCUGGCCACCGCCCAGAUGAGAUCCCCUACGAGCCAAAUGAACCAAACUCUAAAUGGACAAGCGGCUGGGACCUCAAAAUCCCUGGGUGCAAGGCCUAGCCAAGUACGGGCACAGACCGUGCCACAUUUAAAUCCACCUGGGGCAAGUAUGACACCCCCAAGCCCCUUGUCAUCAAACCAUUUCCCAUCUAGUACUAACCAAACAUCCGCCAGGGCUUAUCAAGGGACUGAUCACACGAGCGAUCUAGCAUUUGACUUUCUGAACCAGCAAAGUGACAAUAUUGGGCCGGCUCUGAACAGCGAUCCAGACUUCAUUGAUUCUUUGUUAAAAACCGAGCCCAGUAAUGACGACUGGAUGAAAGAUAUCAACCUUGAUGAAAUCCUAGGCGGUCAUUCCUGAGACAGACCAGGAGACUAUUACAAAGUCAUGGACGGGUGGGUGUUUUUUUUUAAAGACCUGAAACCCAGGAUUUCACUCCACAAAGUUUGGAAAGGAUUUUUUUUGGGGGGGGGGGGGGAGCGUUUUCAGAAAAACAAAACAUUGCUCUCCAAAUAGUUGAAAGGGCUCCUAGUGGUUUACCAGUGAGAAGCAAAACAGGAUGGUGUGUUCGUUUAAGCAGAAAACCUGCUUUGUCUGUCUGAAAUGUGUAGGCAAACCUUUACAUCUACAAAGCUAAGUAAAAGCACAGGAGAAGAAACCAGUGGCUCCAGGAAUACACCCGCUGUUGUACUAAUGGCUAUAGCGUGUACACAUGCCUGCAUAUUUUCCCGCUCAUGCUCUUUGUGUGCACACAAAGACAAAUCUUGAAGACAAACACCCUGAACAACAUCCGGCCUGAGAACGUUUAGCAUUGGUGAGACGCAGUCGCCAGGAAUCGAGGAAGGGCUGUGACUCUUUGGUAGAGGACAUGCUUUGCAUGUAGGAGAUCCCAGGUCUAAUUCCCAACACCUCCAGGUAGGGCUUAGAAUGACCUCUGCCUGAGACUGCCAGACAAUCCUGAGAUAAGUGGACCAGCUGAUUGACUUGGUGUAAGGCAGCUUCCUAUGUCAGACUAUCCAAGUCUCAGUGCCUCCACACUACGCAGUUGUCUAUGAAAUGGCUUUGCUGCCCACCCAGGCUCCUCCUUUAGAGAAGAAGGAAUGCUGAGUACCAAAUUCAUGGGGACUAGAGACCUUCGACCUAAGAUUUAACUAGUUUGCUCCAGUAAAAUAUGCAAUAUUCAGCCUCUUCAUCCCAACACCCACUUUUGCCUUUAUAGAUCAUCCACCUCUGAAGCAUCCUCUCCUCUCCCCAGCCUUCUCAUUCCUAGACCCGCUGUGCUGUUUUCUCCUGUACCGCACGUUAAUCCAUCCAUUUAGCUGUACUUUUGGGAUAAUCAUGAUGCUUCUGCAAUUUUCCAGUGGAUGUCCUCUGUAGUACAGGCUGCAUCAGGGAAUCCGAGUAACUCUUUAUGUGCACACCACAGGCAGAUGAUGUCACUGCCCUUAUACGGGCAGAGGAAGGGGAGAAAUCAGUGAGGCAUGGGUUCCCUCCCCCCACACCCUUCAAAACAUAGAGAGUGGUAGGUGGAUCCAACAUGGUGGCAUAAAUUUUUUUGGAGGCACACACUUCAGCUUUUAGCCCUUAACCCCCUUAGCUGCACUAAUCUGGGAAUCAACUCACUUUUCAAUUACAAGGUAUCUUUAAAACAAAUCAGAGUCCCAUUUUCCUCAUGCACAACAUAGCUCACUUCCACACCAUACAUUUAAAGCACUCUUAUACCACUUUAAACAGUCAUGGCUUCCCCCAAAGAAUCCUGAGAACUGUCACUUGUAAAGGGUGUUGAGUUAUUAGGAGACCCCUCACAGAGCUACAGUUCCCAGCUCUCUUAAAAUAUAGUUCUCAGGAUUCUUUGGGGGUGGGGGGAGCCACAACUGUUAAAGUGGUAUAAGAGUACUUUAAAUGUAGAGUUUUGGGAAGCCAGGUCCCAGCAGGGUCCCAAUAUCUCCAGUGUCCUAUGACCCAAUCAGCAUGAAAGGAGAGUGUGCUAGCCACUAUGAAGAGUCUUCUAAAGCAGUAUUCAAGCCUGGCCAGAUUAUUAUAUGAUCUUAGAAAGUUGCAUAAUUUUAGGAGGUGGUAUGGCUGUGACUAUUAUGAAGGGACCCUGCACUUCUGAAUUUGCCACUACACUAUUGCACAUAGGAUGCUGGAGACAUUGGGACCCUGCUCCCAAAAAAAGUAAGGGGUCUAAGACCCCCGAGAAUCUGAACAACCACUCCCCUGGUUAUAUAAGAUCCUGUUAAAGGCUGCUGGGAUGAUAUGGCCAGCUCCAGGUUUGAGAGGGUCGGCGAGGGUCUCCUAGUGGAUUUAAGCUGCUGAUGGCGGUGACCAGCACCCAUCCUAAGAUCUGUGGCAGAUGGCUGUGAGCUGCCUGCCAUUUUAAUUAUUGACAAUGCCCCCAACAUGGCAUCAGUUUGGAGCACUGUGGAUAAUGACAAUGGCGAAUGUUUCUCAGACCCAGCCACCUGGUGUAGGGGGGGGGGUCCCAUGGCUGCCCCAAAAUUGCCCAAAGAUGCCAGAUGCUGACUGAGUUGCGGAAGAGCCAUGGCCUUGUGCAUCUUUCAUUUAUUUCAGAGUGAUACAUGCAAGAAAAUUUACCCAUUGAUGGCACUGUUGUGACCCAAAUAUAGAAACACAAAGUAAACCCUGCAUUUUUAUACUGUUAUAUAUCUUCUUUGUAUCAUUAUAGUAAAAAUGCACUACCCUUAUAUUUUGCAUUAUUGAAUCAGGAGCUCUUCUCAGUAUUGGGUUGUAAAUAUAUAGAAAUGUUUUUUGUAAACUUUUGUACAAAAAAAUGUAAUAUUUUGGUAGGGAUACUGAAAUCAUAUUCUUUGGGUUAUAUUUAUACACAUGUGGAAUAAAAAUGUACUGUCCAAACUUUGUAUUUUAUACAGAAAAGGGAAAAAUGCUUACCUUUUGUAUCUUAAUAUACAAUGUUGUUGGUGGAUUUUUUUUGUAUGAUAUGAUUGUCUUAUUUUCAUUUUGAGACUUAAGACAUGGCUUAAAGGGAGGCAGGAGGAGAAUCUCAAAUAAAAAUUGAGGAUCUGA